AUGGUGAAGACGUGUUCGCCGUGUGAUAACGCAAGGACAAUCCUUAACGGCGUGAACAAACCAUGCGUUAAACUGUUCGGCGUUAACAUAUCGGCUCCGGAGCCGGAAGGAUUAACGGCGUUAAGGAAGAGUCUCAGUCUGGGAAACCUUCGGUCUCUGGACGUUAGCGCCGCCGCAGCAGAAGAUCCCGGGUAUCUCUCCGACGGCCUGGUUGGUUCUAAGAAGGGCAAAUCCGCACGUGAAAAGAAAAAGGGAAAGCCGUGGACGGAGGAGGAGCACCGGACGUUCUUAGCCGGUCUGAAGUUGCUCGGAAAAGGAGACUGGAGAGGCAUUUCGAAGAAAUUCGUGGUGACGAGGACUCCGACUCAGGUCGCAAGCCAUGCCCAGAAGUAUUUUCUCCGGCAGAACGCCGGCGACAAGAGGAAACGCCGAGCCAGCCUAUUCGACAUCCCCCUUACCUUCAACUCGGAAGACAGCAACCCUGAAAGAGCAUCGGCAGUUGCACUUGAAGCACCGAAGACUCUUCCUGAGGCUAGUUCCUCAUCUUCCGCUAAACCAACAACCUUACAGAGAGAACCGGUUCGGGGUCGUGCACAGUUCGAGAUCUUGAAUCCGUUUCAGAAUCCACGUAUGGGGUACCGACCAAUCUACCGAACCAUACAGAGCCACUACCCUGCACCAUCUCUAAUAUUCCCACAAAUGUUUCAUUACGCGAGAGCUCGGCCGGUUCAUCCCUCCGGUAUACCGGCACCGAGGCAUAUACCGACCGGUAUGCCUCUAUCUCUGGUGGACCCUUUAACUGAAAAAGACAGCUUAGAACUUCAGAUCAGGCCGCCCCGUCCUCCAAUGUCUCCCAGAGCGUCUCAAGCUCUCGGCGCCAUUCAUGUGAAGUGAAACCAGACACUGUUUCACUUGAUAAGUUUUGUUACCUGUGCACAAAUGAGAGUUGAAAGUUGUAGUAGGUCCUCUGUUUCUCCAUCACAAAUAAACAAGAGCUUCUUUUA